AUGCUGUUUCUGCAAAUCCUAUUGCUAGCGGUUCUCCUUAGAGGUGGUAACAAUGAAGAUGCCUUCCAGGAGGAGAUCUUCAAAAUGAUCUACAGCUCAUCCUUCUACAACCAUUCCUGGGUGAAAAUUCGGCACUCUGCUUGGUUGGGUGACUUGCAGACUCAUGGCUGGGACACCAACUCUGGCAGUCUUAUUUUCCUGCGUCCUUGGUCCAAGGGCAACUUAAGCAAGAAAGAGAUAAAUGAUCUGAUAGAGUUCCACCGUUUGUUCUCCUUUGAAAUGCCGCAUCAACUUCACAGACAUGCCAGUCAAUGGCAGCUUAAAUAUCCCUUUGAGAUUCAGAUAACAGGAGGCUGUGAGCUGCACCCUGGGGAAGGCAAGGUAGUCUUCUUGCAAGUUGCUUAUCAAGGAUCAGAGCUCAUGCACUUCCAGAACAAUUCAUGGCUGCCAUCAGUACAGGAUGAAAUUACAGCUCAGCUUAUGUGUAGACGAGUCAAUCAGUACCAUGUCAUCAACAGAAUAGUACAGAGGAUGCUCAGUGACACCUGCCCACGUUUCCUCUCGAGUAUUCUUGAGGCAGGGAAGGCCGAUCUCCAGAGACAAGUAAAACCAGAGGCCUGGCUGUCCACUGGCUCUAAUCCUGGUCCUGGCCGUCAGAUGCUGGUUUGCCAUGUCUCUGGCUUCCAUCCAAAGCCAAUUUGGGUAAAGUGGAUGCAAGGUGAACAGGUACAACAGGGCACUCAACAAAGUGAUAUCUUGCCCAGUGCUGACGGGACAUGGUACCUUCAGGUUUUCCUGGAGGUGGAAGCCACGGAGACAUCUGGCCUAUAUUGCCAGGUGAGACAUAGCAGCCUAGGAGGCCAGGACAUCCUCCUCUACUUGGAGAAACAUGGCUCCAUGAGCUUGAUCAUCUUGGCAGUGAUGGUGCCCCUGGUGCUUCUGACAUGCCUUGCAUUUUGGCUUAGGAAGCGCUG